UAUAUAUUCUUCCCAUUCUUCUACCAAUCUUCAUGCUCUCUUCCAUCGUCUUCGAACUAAACCUACCACUUCCAUCGGAUUCCUUCUAAAUCAAAUCUCGAAUCCCUUCUCACUCUCCAUUUCUUUUACCAAUCAUCAUGAAGCAAUUGAUUCGCCGUCUUUCCCGUGUCGCCGAUUCCUCGCAGUACUGUCUUCUCCGCUCCGACUCUCACGCCGCCGCCGCCGCCACCAAACUUCGUCGUUCUCGAAUCCUCCGCUCCGGCACUGUGCCGCAAGGCCACGUCCCUGUUUACGUCGGCGAAGAGAUGGAACGGUUCGUCGUCAGCGCUCAACUCCUAAAUCACCCUGUUUUCAUCGAGCUCCUUGAUAAAUCCGCCCAAGAGUACGGCUACGAACAGAAAGGCGUUCUACAUAUUCCUUGCCAUGUUCUUCUCUUUGAGCGUGUUCUUGAGGCUCUCAGACUUGGUGAUUACGAUUCUCGCCAUCUUCAAGAUCUUCUUUCCAAUCUCUCUCUCGAGUCAUAAACAUACUUUUCUUUUUCCUCUCUUGUAUUUUUGUAGAGAGAUUGUUUUUUAUUUUUCUGUAUAUAGGUUUUCUGAUUUUGGUUUCUCAUAGAUGAUACUCUUUUAGCUUCUUUUUUCUCCUUCCGAUGUAAAUCGACAAGGAUAUUACUACAUUUUUCUCUGUUUCGGAGCACGGCUUCUUCUUCGUGAAAUUCGAUGAUCAAUCACUGAAUUCUUCUUGUUCUAUUUCUUA